GGAGCUCGCGUUCGCGCAUGCGCAGCCGUCGCAGCUGGCAGAUUUCAAACUGAGCGGCGGGUAGCUGAGGCAGAGACCGAGAGAGACGAACACAACAGAGCCUCAGUGUCCAGACUUCACGCAGAGCUGGGAGGAAAAUGACGAGCACGCUGAAAGGCAUCACCCUGAAGGGCAGCGCGGAGCUGGUGGCCGAGUUCUUCUCAUUCGGCAUCAACAGCAUCCUGUACCAGCGGGGCAUCUAUCCUCCCGAGACGUUCACCAGAGUCACCCAUUACGACAUGAGCCUUCAGCUCACCACUGACCACAAGCUGAAGGACUACCUGACCAACGUGGUGUCUCAGCUCAAAGACUGGCUGUUUGAGUGCACGGUGCAGAAGCUGGUGUUGGUGAUCACGUGCCUGGAAACCAACGAGGUGCUGGAGAGAUGGCAGUUUGACAUCGAGUGUGACAAGUCCGCCAAGGAGAGCAGUGCUCCCAGAGAGAAGUCCAUUAAGACCAUUCAGGACGAGAUCCGCUCCGUCAUUAGGCAGGUAACUGCCACUGUAACUUUCUUGCCGCUACUGGAGACGCCAUGUGCGUUUGACCUCCUGGUCUACACGGACAAAGACCUGGUGGUGCCUGACAUGUGGGAGGAGUCUGGGCCUCACAUAAUCAACCAAUCAGAGGAGGUGCGUUUACGUUCCUUUACCACCUCCAUCCACAAGGUGAACAGCAUGGUGGCGUACAAGAGGAGCGACUCCCUUUAAACAUCCGCCAUGGAGCAGUGUGAAGCACCAACCACUGGCCUUUAUAGAAUACAGUAGUGUUAUUUUUGGUUUUUUUACAUUGCCCUGUCCUACCUCACUGUCUGCGUCUCUUACUCUGUUCACUGUCGUCUCCCGCUUCCUCUCAGAGCUUCUCCUUGUCUCAUGUGAUAAGAACGUGCAGAUGAGCUUCUCACUCUAUUCUGAUGUAAAUAUUGCCAUAAGAAGAGGUGUGUCUGAUUUCUUUGUGUUGUCUCCUCUUACUCUCAACUUGUCAAGCUCUAUUUUAGAAGCUAGUGGUUUGUAUGUACAACUUUUAUAAAAUGUAAUAAAACAUCCAUAUAAUUUAGCA